GUGGGGUCGAUUACGCGAUUGCGUAAUCGGUUCUAACGACCGAAUCCUGGACGCGUUUAGGGUCGUCGAAUAACAACUAAUAUGUACACCCAACUGAUGAAGUGCGAACCGGUACGCGCGCAGCCCAGGAUCGUGGCUUGCUAUGAGCGUUUUGCACAUGAGCAACUCCACCACCCCUGUGGCCUACAUUUGACUGCCAUCAAGACGUGUUCCUACUCUUCCUUAGCCAGCUCCUUGGCCGCCUCUCAGAAGCUGGACUAACAUACGUUUCCUACUUGUAGAAUUAUACUAUGCUUAUGAUAAACCUACGUCUAGCCGAGCGGCUGCCAUAUCCAUAGCCGAACUGCACUUUUAGCCCAACCCAGGUCUUGAAUUGCUGAGCAAAAUAUGGCGCCAAAGCGUCGUAACCUUUUAGAUGAGCCAGUGACCAGGGAGAUGGCGGUGCUGGGCCUAAGGGCGGCUUUCGAAGUCGCUUUUCCUCAGCGCAAAGACUGCACUAAACUUUCGGCUUUGGCGUCACAGUUGCUGGGGGGCGCUCCCGCGGGUGCCGUUGCCCCUUGGUCGCCUCCCGUCGACGAAUCCCGGAUGGCCCUUGCACGUAAACUUUUCGUGGCGCUAGUAAGCUACGCAAUCACGCAACAGCUGCGGUGUGGUAUCAGCAAUGGAGUGGAGGAGAGCGGCCUUCAGCGUGACGGUAGGGCCGCCAGCCCCAAUAGCAAGAGCACAAGCUCGAGCAGCAGGGACAGCAGUGGUGGUGACCGCGAUAGCAGCAGCGGGGAUGACAGCAGCAGCAGUGGGGACAGCAGUAGCAGCAGUGAUGACAGCAGUAGCAGGGGGGAUAGCGCUGGCAGCCGCGGUGGGAAUGACAGUAGCAGCAGCAGCAGGGGGAACGAUAGCAGCAGCAACAACAGUGAAGACAGCACUAGCAGCAGCGGUGAUGACAGCAGCAGUAACAGUGGGGACAGCACUAGCAGCAGCAGUGGGGACAGCAGCAGCAGCAGCAGUGGAGAUAGCGGGGCACAGAGCUCAGGAGACGAGGAUGAGGAGGCUAUCCCGGGCAAUGGACAUGUAUCUUUAAACACCGGUUGCAGAGGCAGGGGCCCACAUGGCGAGGACCCAGCAGGCGGUAGUGGCAGCGGCGGCCGCAGCUCAGGCGGGUACGAUCUUAGUCCUGGUAGCCGCAGUCAAGGCUGGAGCGGCUACAUCAGCAACGGUCCCAGCUACAGCUCUGGCAGCUACGGCACCCACUCGGGUGGCUUGGACUCGGAGGAUGGCUACUUCGGUGCCAGCUACUACAGCCGGGAGCCGCAGCUGCAGAGCGCGGGGCGCAAGAGCAGCAGCAGCAGCAGCGAGAGCAGCACUGGCAGUGACAGUGAGUACCGGGCGGAAGAGGAGGCGGAGGACGAGGAGGAGGAGGAGUUGAGCGAGAGCCUGGAG